UCACGGCAUGGUGUACACCGUCCUCAAGGUCCACCGAAAGCGCCUGAUGAAGAUGUCCAGGGACCACAUCCGGGAGUUCCUGCAGGUGACCCUGAAGCAGGCCUGGUCACUGAGCGAGGAUGCAGUCAUCAGGCAGCUGCGGGCCUCCAUGCGUGAGCUGGGGAAGCUGCAGUGCCUCCUGCCUCCCGAAGAUAAGCCAACCGAAGAUGGCAGCCCGGCCCUGCAGGUGCCGCCUGGCUCUCAGGAGCGCGCUCCCCCACCAGUGUCCAUCAAGACCAUCGUUGCGGAGAGCAAAGGCUGUCACCCUGCUGCUGCAGCUCCCCAGGAGCCAGCGGGGGCUUCAGCUUCUGUCCCCGGGGAGGACCGGUCCUCUCGGAUCUGCCGUCCAGCCCGACUCCAAGCAACACACCAAGGAGGAGAAGGGCAGUCGUGGCAAGAGCAGCACCCAGCCCCGCGGCCAGGGCUCCUCCACGGGGGCCUCAGGGUCAGGGGGCGCCACCCACCUCUCGGGCCCACAGUGCUCCUGGCUGGACGAGCCAGGCCCCCUCCGGCGCUGGACUUCCCUGACCAAACUCAACGUGACCUUCCAAGAUGACUCCGACUCUGAGGACGAGGAGUACUACAGCGGCCUGGAGAAGCAGGAAGACGACGAAGAGGAGGAGGAAGAGGAGGAAGACCAGGCUGCUCAGUGUCCUGCGUCUCCCUGGCCAAAGCUGCUUCGGGACCUGAGAUUCGUCCUGCCCGAGACAAUUUUUGAAGAGGACGAGGAGGGAGGCUGUGAAGAGGGUGCCUCCCCAGAGCCCUCGUCCCCAGCCCUGUCUGUGAAGUCCUCAGAGUCUCUGCGUGGCCCAGGCCUCUUGGCCCCACAGAGCUUGCAGAGCAGGGGAGACCUAUCCCGAUGGGGGGGCCUCCCAAAUCUCAGCCCGCCUGUCAAAGGCGCUGAUUUCUGGCCCCUGGAGCUGGGUGGCCAGCAGGGUCUCAGGGCCCCUCCCCCACCUGCCUCAGAGCCCCUGGAUCCCGGGCCCAUGCAGGCUGUGCCAGCCCUGGGAGCAGGCUGAAGA